AUUUCUGGUUAUUAUUUGAAAUGUUACAAGUUAGAAUUUUGGCGGGUAUUGGAUAUUUUCGUCGUACUUGUGAGGUUAUAUGCGCGUUUAAAAGAGCAGUUUUGCAGUUCCUUAUUAAAUUGAAAAUAAUAUGGAGCAAUUUCAUCUAACUUUAAACUAUGAAGGCGUAGACUACGAGGUCUGCGUUAAAGACCUUGAAACAGCCAAUUUACUUUUGAAUGGUAACUAUAUAGUAUGAUAAGCAAGGAAUAGUACCUAUAUUGUAUACCUUGUAGAAAAAGCCUGAUAUUUCUGGGCUAUUUAAAUAUUAAAGAGGUGGGGUGCAAGGUAAAACUGACCCUAUUGAUUCUAGAUACCUACAUAUUAUGUGACUUUUCUACAUGGUAUGCACAUAUUCAAUAAUAAACUCUGUAUCAGAACUUGAUACCUCUCAUACUUUGCUUUAAGAUUUAUCAAUUAUGAGAGUGGCAUAUUUUUUAUAUUCAAAUAGGUUUGCAGAGCAAUAUAUUAUAUGUGUCCAUUGGGGUCUCAGCAUGAGCACAAUGACUCCGAAAAUCAACGUCAGAAUGAUUUUCAAUCUAUGUGGUCUAUGCCUCACAAUGAAAAUGACUCGACCAUUCAACCAUCUAUUAAUGAUAUGAUUUGGACAAAGAAGAAGCCUUCUGAAAUGGAUUAUGAAGCAACUCAUUUAAUGUUGUCCUUAAGAGAGGAAAAAAGUACUUACUUUGACGACAAAAGAACUAGAAAACUUAAAUUGUGGAAUGACAUAGCAAAAGAGUUUGAGGAAAAUAAUUUCCAUCUUGGGAACAAAGGAGGAGAGCGGUGUCAUCAAAAGUUUGCGAAUUUGCAAAAAACUUAUUUAUCUUACAUGAAACAUCAAACUACAACAGGAAGUGAGAGAAUUGAUGACAUUCCUCCAUUUUUUGAUGAGCUCCACUCCAUUCUAGGAUGCAAACAUAAGGUAAUGGAAAUGGAUAGAAAAAUAAGAAGUGAAGAAUUUAGUUUUUUGAAAGAACAUUUGAAGAAAACAGAACAACAAAAGCACAGGUUCUUAGAAAUUGUUGAGGCAGCUUUUGGGACACAAAAAAGAAGAAAGAGUGACACAAACGAUUCUGACACUGACUGGGAUUAAUAUUGAUUAAUAUUUAUUUCUUUUUGUUUUUAUUUGAGAUUUUUAAAUUGUGUAAUAAAUAGUUUCUUGUUCUAAUAAUUUAGUUUUAUUCAAGGAAGAUAUUGCCAAUGUGUAGAAUUCAAUCCAUCCAUAAAAAAGGUAAUAUACCUUUUGUGAUAACUAACAAACCUUGUGUGUAGAGUA